GAGCACCGCGGCUCGUCGCCAGGCAGGAUGCCGCCCAAGCUGCGGGGCCCCAAGAUGACGUUCUGGGGCUGUUCGUGCGGCAAGGACAACAACUGGGCAUCGCGCAUCGCGUGCUCGUGCGGGAAUUCGGCACCGCGGCGCGUGGUCGAUGCUGCCAAGCUGGCGGGAAAGCUGCCGCGGAAGCCCGCCCCGUGGUCCAAGGAGCGCAACCGUGGGCUGGAGGAGCAGCUGCGGGCGCCCACGAAGCAGAUGGCCAGCAUCGCGCAGCGCCCGCCGUCGACGGCUACUGAUGGCCCAGCGGCAGGAGGCGGCGGCAGCUUCAGGAAGGAGCGCGAUGAUGGCGACAAUAACGCGUUCCACCAGAGGACGGUGCUGCAGGAGAAGAUCAUUUACCAUGAGAAGGCCCUCAAGGAGUGCAGCAAGAUGGAGGAGGACGGCGACGACGCAGAACUGGCGAAGUGCAGGCAGCAGCUCGACAGGUACGAAGCCGACCUCAAGAGCCUCCAGGAGCAGCUCGCCAGAAUCAGCCAAAAGAUCACCGACAAGCAGGAGUCGAUCACGGCCAAGAGGGCGGAAGUGGAUAUUUUCAAUGUCGAGGCGAUUCGGCAGGGGCGCGCGCUGCUGGUUGCUCGCGGUGAGAUGUCGACGGCAAAGGCGAAGCUGGCCAGCCUCAUGGCGAAAGACCUCAUCGCCUUCGACAUCGACGAGGACGAGCUGCCGGUGCAAUCGCCUGAUGCUCAGGAGGCGCUGGCGGCUUUCAAGGCCAGUCACCAUUUCGCCAGGAUCCAGCAGGCCGUGUGCAAGAAG